GCUGGAGGAACGGCGGCGCUGACAUGGCGGCGGGCGCCAUGUGCGGGCUGAGGGGGCGCUGGGAGCCCGGCCCCUGCGGCCGAGGGCUGCGGGCUCCCAGCAGUGAGCAGGCAUUGACCCCCCGCUUUGACUGUGUCUCCGUAGGCUGCUUGGGACUUACCUGGCCCACGCACCUGAGAGAAACCCCCAGCGGGGGUGGGCAAAAGGAGCUGCUCGCCUCAAGGUGCCUCCACCACACACAGCCCCGGCCGCUCACGAAGCGGAAAGUGCUGGUCACUGGGGUCACUGGUGGUCACUGACCCCUGCCCAUCCUGGCAGCCUCAUCCAGCUGCUGAGUUUCACUCAUAGCUUCUGAGCAAAGCAGGCUCAGCAUCAUCUGCCCCGGAGGAAAGACAAUCCAAGCGUUUUCUAACACACCCACAAAAGAGGAGAAAGGCCUGGAAGUUCUCAGAUCCUUUUGCUCGCCAGCAGGUGCUGGUCAAGGGACCCAGGAGAGCAGGAGAGAAUGGGAGCAGGCAGUGAGCCAGAGCUAAGCAGCUUCCAGGCAGCCAUAGCUUUCCAUUUGUUUGUGUCACAUCCCAUCCCACAUGUAUCUAUGACAUGAAGCACUCAGAAAUAGAUUUCACCCUAUAAAAACGACUUCCUGCCUACCAGCACAUCCCUGAGCGCUGCCUGAACCCCUCCCUGCCAUGCCUUGCAGCAAGAGAUACAGACAGUGGAUUGGCGCGAGGCCACGCUUGGCAUGAAUAUCCUCCCCCAAUACCUCCUGGCUAUUUUUAGCCUAAGCCACGCUGCAAUCUGCCAGUUCAUAAAUCAGCACUGCAGACUUUUAAAAAAAAAGUUUAACGUGAGCCCAGUGACCCAGCACAACAGCCCAUCCCGAAUAAACUCUGCCGGGGGGGAUCCUGGACAUCCAUCUGCAGAGGAGAUGGUUUACAAAACCACCAGCACAGCAGCAGCACCCUGCUGCAUUUCAAAAGAAAUGCCCUGACCCCCAGCUGGUGUGGCCAAGAAACACGCUGGUUACAUUCCCUGCUACAGGUUGGGCUUCUCCACAGGAAGAUGCUCACACCCAGCACUGGUCGGGAAGCGUCACACACACCACAGCUCCAGAAGAGGCAGCUCUUCCCAGCCCUGAUGGGAUGCUCUGUCCCCUCUCCAGCUCCCCGUGAAAGCACCUGAGCUGCUCCCGGCCCUGCCACAGCCUCCUCCACCCUGACUCAAGUUUUCCACUAAGGGGCUCGUUUUUCCUUCAAAGGACCAUAAAGCCAGGGAAGGGGAAAAAAACCCAAAACAAAGUAAACACAUCUUCAGAAACCAGCACCCUUCUUCUCAACCUGCUCUGCACUAGAGACUCCCCCCGAACCCCUCGCCCUCAAUAUCCAGUCUACUGGAGCUCUCCCAAGCCAAUAAAUCUCAAAACCUCAAACGACGGAGCGGAACGAGCUUUCUUUAUCAGCCCGGCCCCAUCUUCAUGGCUCCCCCCACCUCCUCCCUCAGCCCGUGCUGAUCCUUAGCCUGGAAGCGAGCAGAGCACCAGUUUAUGGAGCUCCACAUGGACCAGCCACCACCCCAGAGCUCCCCAGCGCUUUUUCCUUCACCCUGCGCGGCAUCCCCGCCUCCCGAGGCCUCGGCCCGCCCCUUCCUCCGCGCCGCGCCCGCAGCCGCCGGCGGGGAUCGGGAUCCGGGAUCCGGGAGCGCGGCUCCGCCAUGCCGAAACACGAGUUCUUCGUGGACAUGACCUGUGAGGGCUGCUCCAAUGCAGUCACCCGUGUCCUGCACAGGCUGGGAGGUGUCAGCUUUGAUAUUGACCUGCCUAACAAGAAGGUGUGUAUUGACUCAGAGCACAACGUUGACACCCUGUUGGAAACCCUCAAGAAGACUGGAAAGAAUGCUUCCUACCUCGGGGAGAAGUCUGCACAGUAGCCUUGCCUGGUGUGAGGAGCUAGGAACUCACACAUGACUUCAGCAAAAAGAUGGCUUAACUGUUUGCAUGUCUUCCCAACUUGCUGUGUCAUUUGACCUUUGCCAGAUGUUGGAAAGCAGAGGGCUGGCAGGAGGAGACAGCUGGGCCUUGGAUUCUAAAAGUGGAGAGGUCUGGAGGAGGUUUCUAGUCCCACAGUAAAUUGAGGCGUUGCUUUUAACUUUCA